AUUAUUUUUCCUUCCUAUUCUCAGGGAGAAUCGACAAAUUUAUAUCCAGUACGAACAGAUGGAACAUGGACUGCUCAGCAGAUGAAACAAACAUUAGAAAGCUCUCCUGUAACUGCAGAGCUUCUCAGUGACGUGCCAUUCACUUUAGCCCCUCAUAUUCUGAUGUUACAGGCCAGUUUUCAUGAUUUCCCAGCCACCUUACAUCUACCAAAGAAUAUGAAUGAAAAUGUAGCAAAUUUCUGGUAUGAUUUUACUCUUGAAAACUCUGUACUUUCUGAUUCCUAAACAUUUAUUGCUGCUCGUUGCAUAGAAUUACCGGCCAUUCCAAACAUUGCAAUUUAGUGUGUCAAUUGAUUAAGUCUUGAUUUACUUUAACCAAUAACUUCCUCCAACAAUUGAGUUGCUCAUAUUUGUUAAUAAUUGUGAAUCUCAGCCAGAAGAUUGUUUGAAUAACAACUAACAUCUCUACAAGAAGAGUGAUGCACUUAAUUUAGGCAAGAGUGAUUUUGAACUAAGAGUCCCAAUCACUUUUAUAGUUCAGCAAGCUUGGCAAAGGUACAGGAAGGACACCUAUCUUCUUCUUUUAAGUGAAUACACUUCUAAAUAAAGACAUGCAAUACAAAGUGGGAAGUUAUUCUGGCAAUUAUACUGAUAUCAUACCUACCAUGUCAUGAUCAAGUUUUUUGGUGCUGACCCUUGUCAUUGCGUUCAUUUUGUCAGAAAUUUUGAUGUCUGCAUGGAAACAUGAUGUUACGAAGGGGCUUAAACAUUUCAAAAUAAAACUUGUCAUCUGUAGAUGUUCAUAUCAGUGUCCCGGCCUAAACCAUUCUCACUUUGUCUUCUGGAAUGUAAUGUUAUGGUGUUGUGAGAUAGGAAGGGACUAAACAUUAGACACUACUUGUAUCUCUGGCACAUGUUACUAUAUGCCCAGAUGCUGCUGUGAAAUUUCUUAUUCAUGACUUUAGCAACAUUUCAUGUGAUUAUUGAGUCUUUUGUAUUGGUAGUUGGUAGAAUCUAACUGCUUAUAUAAUAGACCACAAUAACUCCAUUCUGGCAUGUGGAAAUAUUAUACAAAAUGCAGCUCUAUCUAAAUAGACCAUUAUAACAAUGAUGAUUUUGUUUACUGACAGUUUGUUCAUUUUCUUUUGAGCAUUGAAAAAUACUAUCAAACAAUGGAAUUUGCUUCAUAACUAUAUCACGUGACAAUGGAUUAAAUGUCUCAGUUGUGACUUUGGUGUCAUAAUAAAGUGCCCUAUUUACUAUAUGGAUUGUUUUUACCUUUUUAUGUGUCACAUUAAUCAUUUUAUAUGGCUCUCUAAUGUGAGAAACAAUAGUUUCCACGUGGAAAGUUGCAGCUACUAAUAUAGUCAUGAACUAAACUUAAGAAUGAUUCUGCAUUAGAAAUACCCUGUCAUGUGAAAUUAUUUUAGUUGUGCUGUGCCCUGCUAUUACUCUAAAAAGCUGUUAUCUUCAUAUUGGCUGGGAUUUUGUGGUAAGAAUAAUUGUUAGGCUGCCAGCAGUACUUAGCCUAUUAGCCACACUGUGUAUAGUAGUACCUAUUACUGUACUGUAUAUGCGCCAGAAAUGUUAGCACAUGGCCAUUCAUGUGUGAGUAAAAUCUCCACGGCAUUGAAAAUUAACUUCUACAGGUUUAUAGAUCUGUACCUUCUGAUUUCUAUACUUAAUUGAACUUGGAAAAUAAACUAAAGUGGUUGUAAUUAC